CAAUGGGCCGAAUUAUAAGCUAGUAAAUAAAUAAUGCAUCAUCCAUAAAACUACCCAAUCGGUCUUUCUCUUUCCCAAAGAACUGCUCAAGAAAUUAUCAAAUGGGAAGUAAACACCUCGCCGGAGAGAACAUGCGUAACGGGAAUGGAUCCCGGCUAAUAGAGGAAGGAGUCAUUGAGAGAGACUGAGGGAGGGAGACUAAGCGUUCGAGAGCUGGAGGUCUGCAGUGAUCGCCGGAACAUGAUUUCGAAAAAGAAGAGGCGGUGGUUCCCUCGGCAUCGACGCUCUCGUCACAUAGAUCUGAAAUCCAACAUCGAGUCAUCGACGGAUCUACUUCGGUUGUUAGAAUGUGUCUAUUGUUUAUUUUCCGGUUGCCGAAAAAGAAAACGACGGCGGAGGAAAUACAGGAGGAGCUGCUGGUAAGGGGAGAAAGGACUUAAUGUACCCCUGUAUUUUGGUGGCCCAAGAACUCGAAAUGGUAUUCCUCCGACUUCCCUUUUCCCCAAUGCGACUGAACUAUUAUGUACAAGGCUCUUGAGAAGUCUUGAACGAUAGGCAGUUGGAUCGCGUACAGGGGGAUGCCGUGAUGUUUGAUAGUUUAUUCUUUGAUGAAUUAUGUCUGCCUUCCUGGCUAUGAUGAUUAUGACGCCAUUUGGCAGAAGUACUUGUUGCUACUGCUUGGUUCAUCAUUCUAUUGAAUUCCAUGAUGCAUAAUGACUGACUGCACUAUAUUGGUUGAGUAGUAGGAAGUUAUGUCACCUCAAUCAUUCAUGGAUCUUUUUGUACUUCGGAGUCAAUGGGUUCUCUGGUGUCAGGCACCAGAAUGGUAGUAUUGUAUUAACUUAGUGUGUAAUCAGUUGUGCGUUAGUACUUUACUGGCAGACGAGGUUGUAAGCCACUGAUUGUUUGUGAACAUUCUUGUAGGUGUUUCAGUUUAAGCAUAUUUGCUGGUUGGGUUCUCAAUCUUCCAUUUACUCUUUCUACCACAAUAUUAGCUCUCCUUGUUGGUUAUCGAGAACCGACUGGAGGGUGCUUGCAUCUCUUUGUAGGAUGUGUGUUCUGGGUCCGAUUGCUUUCGUAUCAGUUCAAUUGCAUUUCUCAAUGACUAUACUCCAAUCUUUCUGGACUUUGUUUUAAUGUGCUACCUUACUGCAACUCCUAAGGUCUUCUAGUUUUCCUUGUGCACUGUACUGUGGAUAAGUAGUCUAGCCAGAGUGGGUAUGGCUUUAGUGUCAUCAAGUGUUUUGUCUUGGUUGAAGUUAUGUUAACAACAAGAUCAAUGCUUUCUGUUAAUUGCCUACAGUCAAGUUUGUUCUAUUGUUCCCUAAAGUUUCCAGAUGAUCUUAGUCCAUCCAAGUGAUCCAUCCAUUCUCUCUAUGUCGAGCGUGCAUUUGAAACAAUGGAUUUUACGCUUCUUAUAAACUUAUCUCCACAGCUUGCGUUGGAGUAUGAGAGGAAUGCGAUGAUUGUCACCAACCACUGACGAUGAUGAGUAUGAAUUGGCAAGAGAUAUACUUGGUAACCAACCCAUGAUCCCCAUGCCAGCAUUAUAAAUUUCUCCAGAAUUAAAGACUUCCUUCACCAGGCUGCUUUGGAGUUUCAUUUACUUCGCAGAUGUGUAUCCAUCCCAUAGACCAUGUUGGAUUAUCUUGGUACUAGCUUGUAUUCCUGAUUGAAGUAUAAAACCUGAUGAUCUUAUAUAUGGAGUGCAGGCAGGUUCGAGGUCCCUGAAGGGUUGAUCCCAAUUCAGAUCCUUAACAAUGGCAGCAUAUGAACAGUGGUGGAGUGCAGGUUCAGAAGUGUAAUAGGGUUUAGCUUGCCGCCGAUGCGAAGGCGAGAAAGGGUUGUUUUUUUUUGCUGGAAAGAAGGCUUUCGAGGUAAUGGCAAAGAAUGGAUGGUGGAUAUAGUUUUCUGUAAUUAGCUAAAUGCGCUAAGACUAAUACAGAAGGUGAAUGUGAUUGUUUUCUCUCCGCAGGUUCAGCUGUUUAACACGCAGAGUGGGUGACAGACCCACGUGAUUGAUUGACCCACCACCACCUCCACCGCCAGCAGCACCACCAGCAGCAGCCGCGGCCCGACCACCGGCACCAUCUCCUCCUUUCGCUUUUUUCUAAGUUGGCUUCGCAUCAACGCUAACAGCCAAAAGAAGCCAACCGCAGCAGUACACAUACAUACAGGCAUAUGAGAAUGAGACCAAACCACCACCAUUGAUCUCAAGGGCAAAAAGUUGCAAGAGGUAACUAUCAUUAACCCAUUUGACAAAAGCAUACAUACCGCUUUCCUUUAUCCCCCCUGUCGUGGUUUGCUCCACUAGCCAUCCCCAUUUUCUAGCAAGCUACUGCUAAGUCCUACCUAGCCUUCCAUCUACAUGCUAGUGCUCCUCUCUCUCUCUCUUAAUUUGAUUCCAAUGGUGAUGACUCAGACUCACCCAAAGCCCAAAAUCUUCUUCCCUCUAUCUUUCCCUUCAUUCGGUUGGCCACUACCAUUUCCUUUUUAUGCCUUUCUCCACUCUACCACCCAAUACGCUGCUAGUGGUUCUAUUCUCUUCCCUCCCCUGCCCUCUCGCCUUUUCCUCCUUCAAACUUGGCCUGAUGGGUUGCAAAACUGUUAGGAGCUAAAACAGAGCUCAAACACACAAACAGGCCUAGUUACAGCGCCAUGGAAGAGACUGGAGAGAGGCGAUCCAUGGACAAAGAGCAGGAAGAAUCGCCGAGAAGGCCGCACCCCGGCGGAGGAGACAGGCUAAAAAGAGACGAGUGGAGCGAAGGUGCGGUGUCGAGCUUGCUGGAGGCGUACGAGAGCAAGUGGGUGCUCCGCAACCGAGCCAAGCUGAAGGGCCAGGACUGGGAAGACGUGGCCAGGUUCGUGUCUUCCCGAGCCAACUCCACCAAGUCCCCCAAGACCCAGACCCAAUGCAAGAACAAGAUCGAGUCCAUGAAGAAGCGCUACCGAUCCGAAUCCUCCGCCGCGGCAACCGACGCCUCUUCUUCCUCCUGGCCGCUUUACCACCGCCUCCAUCACCUGUUGCGCGGCGCCGGUGCUGCUGCUUCAGGUGCGGCUGCUCCACCACCUGCGAUGCUGCCGUCGCCACGACAGCAGCGCCACCAUCCUCCUCCACUGCUGUUGAUGGGGCCGUCGCCUGCACUGUUACCGGCCGUACAAGUAGUACAACCGCAACCGGCGCCUCCUCCUCCGCCACCACAGCCAUCACUAGCGAUUCCUUCGCUGCAGAUGGUUCCUCCUCCGCCGGCGACGAUCGGGGCCGCGGCUCAGAACUCGCACGGGCCCACUGGUGUGGACGGAGUAGGUGGAAAGGAGGAAGAUCAUCAUGGAGCACCGGACGGCGGCAAAUACUCGGCGGGUCAUGCUUCAGAGAGGAACACGGACAUGAGCGCAGCGGCUGCGGAGGAGGACUCAGACAGCAGCACUCCGGCGCUGGUGCACAGUGAUGAUGAGAAGCAGAGGAAGAAUAACAAGUUCGGGAAGCGGGUGAAGAUGAAGAGGAAGUCGUCAGCCGGUGGCGGCGGAGCAAGGAGGACGACGAGAUCGGAGUGGGGGAUGGCGGAGAGCAUAAGGUGGCUGGCGGAGGUGGUGGUGAGGUCGGAGCAGGCGAGGAUGGAUACGGCGAGGGAGAUCGAGAAGAUGAGGAUGGAAGCGGAGGCGAAGAGAGGAGAGAUGGAUUUGAAGAGAACUGAGAUCGUGGCCAAUACCCAGUUGGAGAUUGCCAAGCUCUUCGCUGCGGGGCUCGCCAAAGGCGGGCCCGUCGUCGAUUCUUCCUUGAGGAUUGGCCGCAGAAAUGGAUGAUCCAUCGCGCGAUCAACUACGGUGGAUGGAUCAUCUCAGCAUCAUUUAAGCGGAGGGGGACAAUUCUUAUAAGCACGGGUGACGAAAAGGGAGAAAUAUUGGAUAUUUAUUAAUAAUUAUAAUGAGAAGAGGGAAGAGGGGUCAUUAAUUAGGGCAAGAAUGGUGGAUUAGCUAGGUGAAACUAAGGAAUAACACGUCAUGAUGAUCCGUUCUCUUAAUUAAGCUUACAUGAUCCCUAUUGUCCAUGUGAUUUGUAAUGUUAAAUGGUUGAUUCUAUCUUUCCCCAUGCUAGAUGCUAGUUAAUUAUUGGUCUAGGUUCUGCAACAGGGCGAUUCAUUAAUUGUAUGGUAGAUUGAAUUUGUAUCUAUUUAUUAAGAGGAGGCAAGAAUCAGCCUAAAGGAUUACAGGAAAGGUCAAGAUGGCCACGAUCAGGUACUCACCCCUGAAUCUGCUGCAAGUACCAAAAGAUACAGAAUGGGCCAAACAAUUUAAACAAGAGAAAAACUCAGCUUCCUUGAAAAACUCAGCCUGGAGGAAAGGGUGACAGUUUCUCAUUAUGAACCAAGCCGCUCAUGAACGGCUCGGUGUGCGAUUCGAGAAAAACUCGUUUGAUACUCGAUUUGUUUUAAUCGAACCGGCUCGCGAACAAGCUCGUUAACUAAACGAGCCGAACUCGAGCCAUACCAUGUUCAGCUCGAAAGCUCGCGAACAAGCUCAUUUAAUGGUUUGGCAUAAAAAAGAAUUAGAAUU